CAUCUUCUCACACAACGAAAUUACCUGUGAAUUGACACACACGUACAUUGCCGGUCGAUCCAGAUCUCCCUCCCCUCUUUCAAAUUCCAGUCCUCUUCCCUUUCCCCUUUAUUUCCAAACCCUAACCCUAAAAUUCGAAUUGUUCAUGGCGACCGAAGAAGCCACCGUGGUCGUCGUGACCGAGACGGUCGAGAAUCCUCCUCCCGAGCCGGCCACCACCGAGACGGCGGCCGACAAACCGGCGGCCAAGACCGGCAAGGCCAAGGAGCCCAAGGCGAAGAAGGCGCCCGCUCCGAGGAAGCCCAGAAGCGCUCCAGCUCAUCCUCCGUACGAAGAGAUGGUUAAGGACGCGAUUGUGACGUUGAAGGAGAGGACUGGUUCGAGCCAGUACGCGAUCACUAAGUUCAUCGAGGAUAAGCAAAAGCAGCUGCCGCCCAACUUCAAGAAGCUUCUGCUCUUCCAUUUGAAGAAGCUUGUGAGUUCUAAUAAGAUCGUCAAGGUCAAAAACUCCUUCAAGCUCCCGCCUGUGAGGUCCUCGGCGCCGAAGCCUGCAUCUCCGGUGAAGAAGAAGCCGGCGGCCGCCGCUAAGCCCAAGGCAAAAGCUGUUGCUGCCAAGCCUAAGGGAGGGAAAAAGCCAGCUGCCAAAGCUCCGGCAAAGCCAAAGGCUGCUGCCGCCAAGCCUAAGGCGAAACCGAAGGCAAAACCCGCAGCUAAGCCAAAAGCUGCUGCUCCGAAGCCCAAAGCGGCUGCUCCGGCAAAGCCCAAGCCCGCUGCCAAGCCUAAAGCCCCCGCCGCCAAGCCAAAAGCUGCGGCUGCCAAGCCCAAGGCGGCUGCUCCGAAGCCAAAGCCAAAGGAGAAGCCAGCGAAGGCGGCGAGGACACUGACGAGGUCAUCUCCCGGAAGGAAAGCUCCGACCGCCCGGCCUGCCCCGAAGAAAGCGGGGACUCCAAAGAAAGCUCCGGCUCGGAGCGUUAAGCCACGAAGCGUGAAGUCGCCGGCGAAGAAAGCUCCAGCUCGCAAAGGAAGAAAGUGAGAGAGUUUAGAGAGGAAGAGAGUCUAGUGGGUCUGUAGGGGUAGUCUUGUAAAUCUCUUCGUCGUUGCAGUUUGAAAAGGAAGAAUAUAUAAUCCGGAUUUUAUUUUAAUUUUCCUUUUUCGAGUAUUUUCUGCCUGAAAAUCGAUCUUUUCUUUUGUUUUUGGUCUAGGGUUUUGUGGGGGACACAGUUUGGGAAUGGAUUGUAACAAAUUUCAGUACAUUUGAGUUGAAAUAGAGAAGAUGAUGAGUUGUCGUGUUCCA